AUGUGGGGGCGGUUAGUAGGCGCGACCGGGACGCUGGACCUCGUCCUGCCGCGGAGCCGACUCGGCCGCUUGGCCAAGAAGGCCGACGUCGUCAUCAACAAGCCGUUCAUCAGCGGCCUGCACUGCACGUUCGAGCGCCUCGACGCGGGCGGCGAGACGUCCGUGUGGCUCGUGGACCAUAGCACCAACGGCGUCUUCGUCAACGGCAGCGUCGUGGGCCAUUCGAACCGGGUCGCGAUCAACGACCAGGACGAGAUCUCGUUCACCAAACCGGGCGUCAAGAGCCCGGGCAUCGAGCCGCUCUUCUUUCGCUUCUGCCUCACGUACACCAUCCCGAUGCAAUCGCUGGAGGCUCACAAUAGUCUUCCCAGGAAGAGCGAACCGUCGACGCCGACGCAUCGCGUUGGCCAGAAGCGGCCGCGAAGCCCGUUCUCGACGCCCGAGCCGCGCGCGGUGAUUGACAGUGCCAAGAAGCUCUGCGUGUCAUCCACAACGCAGCGCGAUGAGCUCAUCUCGGGCACGGAAGCGAUGCAAAAGGCCAACCAAGACCUGCGCCAACGCCUCGUCGAGCACGGCAACCGUGAGAACGAGCUCAAGGAAAAGAUCCAAACGAUGCUCGUCACGAUCAACGAGAAAGACUCGACGAUCGAAAAGAUGGACGAAGAGCACGCCAAGCUGCGCGCGCAGGUCAUGCAGCAAGACCACACCAUCCAAGACCUAACUGCGCACCUCGAUGCGUACAAGAGCCUCGAAGAAGGCUGGAAGACCAAGGAGGUCGAGUGGGCGCAGCAAAAGGAGCUCCACCUCACAACGGCUGCAGACCUCAGCGCCGCGCAGCGGCAAUUGCAACACGCGCAGAGUGUUAUUAGCGUGCUCGAAGCGCAAGCAGCCGAGACGUCUACCAAGAUGGCCGAAGCGACGCAGCAGGUUCGCGACCUCGAGGUCGCGAAUCACCAGCUUCAGAUGCAGCUCGACGCCGUCCAGAUGAAGCGAGAGCAGCACGAAGAAGACUCUCGCAGAAGCGUUCAAGAAAGCGUGCUCGUCAUGAAGGCCCGGCUCGCGACCGCGCGCGAAGCGUUCCACCAGAUGCAGCACUACAUGGGCGUGCUUGCGACCCAGAUCCAGAUCCCAAGCUUAUCAGAGGCCCAGGACACUGACGCCGCCGUCGACGACGAAGACGAUGGCGAGACGCAGUGUAUGGACAAGGCGCGACCACAGUCCUUGGUCGACUUGGCCGGUAGUGCCAAGCAUGAGGCUGCGACUACGAACAGCGAGGAAGUCAAAAGCCAGGAGCCACCUUUGGCGGUCAAGCCGAAAGAAGCGAGACGGUUGUUCACGACGACCUCGGACUCCGAUGAGGGUACCAAGCCGACAGAGGCGCGCAGUGACGACGAUGAAGACAGCGACGAAGACAUGACGGCGGAGCACCGACCCGAGUCCAAGGCGCUCUCGCCAGACGAGACGCAUGUGAUGGACAUUACGACCGACUCGCCGAGGGAGGCUGCGCCGCCGGCUCUCGUCGAGGCCAAGAGCAAGCGCUGGUUGCAGCUCAACACCAUGGACGAGUCGCACAACGAUAGCGAGACGGGCUUGUUUGACGAAACACAGAUUUCCCAAGACUUGCAAGACGAAUAAGAAACGCGAUGAUACAUCAAGGUUGGUACGUCGGAUCUCACGG